AUGGUGGAAAUUCGUGCGGCCAUCCAGAUAAAGUACGAGUCGGAGAGGCCAAUCCUCAUCCCCAAGGAUCUGGUGAAGCUGUCCAAGGACAAGCAGUGGCUCCAACUUCGGCCCACUUCCCAACCCAUAAUUGAGUUGCUCACAGGCCAGAGACCCGACAAGAAUGCCAGUCUGUCGGGUUCUACGGCCAUGGCCAAUCUCAUCAAGAAGAGGAACCAGAGCUUCGACCAACCAGCAACACCAGCAGAGCAACUUUUCGAUGCUCCAGAGCCAGGCUCAGGAAAGAAGUCGACCAGAAAGAGGUCUCUUCCAGACAACCAAGAAGAAGAAGUUACCAUGGACAUCAAUGGUUCCAAAGUCACCUGCUUGAUGAGUGGCAAGAGGCCAAGGAAGUGCGAUCUCACCAUCCAACUCGAACAGCACCAGAUCGAGACCAUCAUCAAGACCAUUCGCAAUGAUGAGGAUACGGCCCAAGUCCUCGGCCAGGCCAAAAGAAGCUACAAGAAGAAAGCCAUCCAUGCAUAUCCAUGGUCGCAGAACCAUGCCACAGCCGCACAGAAGCCAGAAGCCAUGGCUGUCCCUCCAGCUGUGGUCCAAGAGGUGGAGGCCAUUGUGAAUGGCCGCGAGCCAGUGAACACCAGAGUCACCAAGGUCUUGCAGGUGCUGGAGCACCAUGGCCUCUGCCAGCAGCAGACCUUGGUUCCAAGCCAAGUUCUUUGCCACCCCUCCAACCGGGGAGGGCAGAUGGUGUCCCACUUUGACGUUUGGGCCAAGGGACACCAACUCUUGGCAGUUGGCCUGCAAGUGCAUCUGCUCCAAGGGUCCAUUUGUCUCCAGAUGUCCACGGACCCCCAAAAGCGCCAGCAGCAGGUUUGGAGGAACCAGCAGCUGGUCCAGGAGAGCAAGGGCUCCCUGGCCCCAGUCAGUGGAGCAGAGGGAUACCUAUCCCUUGCCAGCAGCCACACCACGGCAUUCUUGAGAUGCCUGGAGCAUGGGACCACGGAUCCCAGUGGCAAAGCCAUCUCCGUGCCCAAGACAGACCCAGUCUGGUCCGCCAUCCAGACCGGGUGGCGGUGGCAUGUGGUGGCCUCCAGUGUGGAAGAAGCCAUGCCAAGCCUUCCACAGUUCUUCCAAGUCGGAGCCAACUCUGGCAAUGCCAUUGGCAGAGCCACCAGCGAGUUGGAAGCAGCCUGCCAAAUAGCCAUUCAAGUGCAAAUGGGAGCCAGUCUGGAGUCGGCAAUCCAGUCCGUUGCCAGCGGCGAAGUUGCCUGCAGGCAGAGCCUCCCAGCCAUAGGGCAUUAUGUCUCGAGAUAUUCUGGAGGCACAAGCUUUCCAUUGCUGAAAUUCCUUUCCCACUUCUCCUCCACCUACGGCACCACGUGCAUGAUGGGCCAGGAUUUCAUGGAGGCGUUGUCGCACACCACCUUCCCAGACCCUGGCAACCUUUACCCAUUGCUCCGCACAGCUCUAUGGGCAACCCAGUGCACAUCCACCAAACAGCAAGACGGCUUCGCACGACUCCUCACCAGAGCCGACGUCCAGAGACUGUCGUCGCCACAGAACAUGGAGUCCGUCAGGACGGCGGAGUCCAUGCUUUCGGAUUCCUGGAAACUGGUCCAGAGCCAGCUUCCAGAAGGCACCAGCACCAAUGCCGGCAGCAACCAUCUCUACAAGUGUUUCGGCAAGUUUUGCGUCAGAGCCAUCUUGUUUCUGACCAAAAAGGAAAAGCUUGGCCCUGAUGCCCAGCAGAAGCUGGAGUCCCUGGCCCAGAUUCUCGACCUUUUCACCCAGGACGUUUCCAAGGUCAAGCAGGCCACCCCAGCUGCAGAGGCAAAGACCAUCAAGGAUGCAGUCUCUGCCCAGCCAUGGGAAGCCACCUUGCUCCAGAACACCCACAUCAAGGUGGGCGACCAGUACACCUUGCCAAAGGAGCACGGAGCCAAGGUCUACCAGCUCCUGCAAAUCAGCAACGAGGGUGGGACCAUGGAGCACAGGCCAGUGCUCCAGGCACCGGAGACAGUUUUUGUGCCGCUGGCGGGGCUGGGGAAGUGGCGGGUCUCCCGCCACUCCAUGCCAGCCAUCGGCCCAGCCGACAUCAUAACCAGGGGACUCCCAUCCAGCCAUGCCAUGGCCCAGGAGGACUUCCAAAAGGCAGCUGUGGUCACGGCACUCCACCAAUGCUACCAGGAGCAGUCGGUCGAGGACUUGGAACUCCUUUGCAUGGCUUCCAGUCCCCAGGCACUGUAUGCCAAGAAAGCCAUUGCCAGCAAAAAGCUCAAGCUGGUUCCAUUGGGUUCCAUCAGCAAAGUGAAGACAGGCCAGAAGCCGCCCAAGCUGGCCAUUCAGGCCUUCGGCCAUGACUGGGCCAUUGGAAGCUGGAAGCAGGACCUCCAGUUCCAGGCAGAGGGCACCAUCGUGCCAUUUUUCUGGUGCAGGACAGCAGAGGGCGAGGAUGAGGGCAACAUGGUCUUGACUACGAUCAAGCAGGGGCCAUGCACCGUGCCCAUCCUCCAUAACCCUGCGAAGAUCCAAGCCAAUGAGCAAAUCUUGCAGAAGGUCGAGGAGGAAGCAGCCACGUCGGCUUCAGCCAAGAAAAAGCCCAGGAAGGGCUGA